CUUCAUUGGCAUAAGCUGUGCCAGUCUUUGACAGCAUCUAUGAAAUUGGGAAGGAAACCAAAGCAAGGAUGUGUGAGGAGCCUGUUUCCUUUUACUACACCUUUCUGAUUCCUGAAAAGCACAAGACCUUUUCUGCCCUUCUCACGUGCUGCGUAUCCUCUAAUCUAACAUAAACUUAGAAAAGUGAAAAAUUGAAAUUGUUUCGUUUUUCUUUUUCCAAUAUUAAAACUUUCAACUUCCUCUUCCUCUGUGUGACUCAAACUGCAUCAACCAAGUUAGUAGGAUUUUCUAUAAAUGGUUGUCAAUUUGUCAUGUCAUGUCUAUGAGAAACUCAUGAAAACUCUGGUGGCGACUUAAGUUCUCUCAGCAAGUAAGGAAUUCAGACAAACAUUAGUUGAAAAGUGUACAAUGGCUUUGGAAACUCUUGCUUCCAAUGAGUUCUCCAACUUCAUUAUCUAUGACACUAUCUCUGCAACUCCAUUUAGCAGCCAUGGCUCUCCGGAGGCUAGUUUCUUGGAAAGUUUAGUGAACUAUCAGGAGCAUGACCCUGCAUUUGAUAACAGCGCAUUGAGGACCCGAAAUCACCAAGCCGGCGAACAAGAAAGCGUUGGCAGGAGGCAGAAUGUGGUGGGGGUGCAAGUGCAAGGGAGGAAGAAGAGGAGAAGGAAACCAAGGGUUUGCAAAAACAAGGAAGAGGCUGAGACACAAAGAAUCACCCACAUUACAGUGGAAAGAAACCGCCGGAAGCAGAUGAAUGAACACCUUGUUGUCCUUCGUUCACUCAUGCCUGAGUCCUACGUUCAAAGGGGUGACCAGGCCUCUAUAGUUGGUGGUGCCAUAGAGUUUGUGAAGGAGCUGGAGCACCUCUUGCAAUCACUUGAAGCUAGAAAGUUGCAACUUUUACAUCAAGAAGUUGUACAAGCCAAUGAAAAUACGGCCAUUUCCAAACUCAUGCAACCCCCUUUUGCACAAUUUUUUUCGUAUCCUCAGUACACAUGGUCGCAGACUCCUAACAAAUACACAUCCAAGACCAAAGCUGCCAUAGCUGAUAUCGAGGUUACUUUAAUCGAGACCCAUGCAAAUCUUCGGAUUCUCACUAGGAGAAACAGCCCCGGGCAGCUAACAAAGUUAGUAGCUGGUUUUCAAACACUGUGCCUCACCGUCCUACAUCUUAAUGUCACCACUAUAGACCCUUUGGUAUUCUAUUCCAUCAGUGCUAAGGUUGAAGAAGGAUUCCAACUUUGUUCAGUAGAUGGUAUUGCAACGGCAAUUCAUCAUUUGCUUGCUAGAAUCGAAGAAGAGGCUUCCCUUUGCUCUUGAUGAGGUUCAUCUGGGGGCACGAGAUUUUAGUGAAAUGACCAAAUCAUCCCUCUACCUACCUUAAUAGUGAGAGAGAGAGAGAGAGAACGAAUAUUUGCUAAUGGCUUUAGCUUUUGUUUUGCUUGUUUCAUGUCCAACUGAUGUGUUAAUGCUAAACUAUAGUUGGCAGUAGAUGGUGUCUUUUUAGGUGACUUAAAGUACAACUAAAAAUCAAAUGAAAAAGAAUGUUGAUACAGUUUAUCUCGUUUGCAGUUGACCUGUAUUGUCCUCUUCAGAUGCCCAAAUAUGAAAGUAGUUUGCAAUGAGAAUGAUAUAUUAAUCUUCAUGACA